AUGGCUGCUACAACCCGCCAGCUGCGGCGCUCGAUGCCCACCCUCGUCGCCUCUACGCGAUCACCACAAGCAGCAGCAGUAAAGACGGUGCCAUUAUGUCUCGGCCGCUAUAGCUGUCUGAGAACUAAUGCCACAACCGCUCUCGCCUCCACAACAGUAGCAGCAUCCUCCUGUCGCCUGUUCUCUUCCUCUACAGCCCGCCGCUCAGCCGGGCUCAGCUCCCAUGAGAGUGAGAGCACGGCGCCAACGCCCAACCGCGGCGCGUCCAAGCUGUUCCCUGACGCCGACGCGGCCGUGGCAGACAUCAAGUCAGGCUCCACCAUCCUGUCCUCGGGCUUCGGCCUCUGCGGCGUGGCAGAGACUCUUAUCACCGCCCUGCACCGCCGCGGCAAAGACAGCCUGCACUCGCUGACGGCCGUGUCCAACAACGCCGGCGUCGAGGGCAAGGGCGGACUAUCGGUUCUGACCAAGGAGGGCCAGGUCAACCGCCUGGUCCUCAGCUACCUGGGCAGCAACAAGGUCCUGGAGAAGAAGUACCUGACCGGCGACAUCGCCAUCGAGCUGUGCCCACAGGGCACCCUGGCUGAGAGGAUCCGGAGCGCGGGUGCUGGCAUCCCGGCCUUCUUCACUGCCACCGGUGCUCACUCCCUCCUCCAGGACGGCAAGAUCCCCGUGCGCCUCUCCCCGUCAGGCAAGGUGCUGGAGAACGGGCGGCCGCGCGAGACGCGCAUCUUCAACGGCAAGACGUACCUGAUGGAGACGGCGCUCCCGGGCGACGUGGCGAUCCUGCGCGCGUGGAAGGCCGACAAGGCGGGCAACUGCGUCUUCCGCUACACGACCAAGGCCUUCGGGCCCAUCAUGGCCAAGGCCGCGACCCUGACCAUCGUCGAGGCCGAGCACAUCGUCGAGAUCGGCGAGAUCGACCCCAACGACGUCGACCUGCCGGGUAUCUUUGUCGACCGCAUCGUCCCCGCCACGGCCGAGAAGCAGAUCGAUAUCCUCAAGCUGCGCGAGGAGGAGUCCGGUAGCGGCGAUGGUGCCAAGGCCGCUGUGAGCCCUGCACAAGAGAAGCGGAACCGCAUUGCGCGGCGCGCGGCCAAGGAGCUCAAGGAUGGUUUCUACGUUAACCUGGGAGUGGGCCUGCCGACGCUGGCGCCCAGCUUCGUGCCUGAGGGUCGCAAGGUGUGGCUGCAGAGCGAGAACGGCAUUCUGGGCAUGGGGCCGUACCCGACUAAGGAUGAGGUCGAUCCCGACAUCAUCAACGCCGGCAAGGAAACAGUAACCCUCCUCCCGGGCGCAGCGACCUUCGACUCGUCCGAGUCCUUCACCAUGAUCCGCGGCGGGCACGUGGACGUGUCGAUCCUGGGGGCGCUGCAGGUGUCCGCGUCGGGCGACCUGGCCAACUUCAUGAUCCCGGGCAAGGUGUUCAAGGGCAUGGGCGGCGCGAUGGACCUGGUGUCGAACCCGGACCAGACCAAGAUCGUCGUCACCACCGAGCACGUCGCCAAGGACGGCGCCUCCAAGGUCGUCCAGCUGUGCACGCUGCCGCUGACGGGCGCCCGCGUCGUCAGCACCAUCAUCACGGAUCUCUGCGUCUUCCAGGUCGACCGCGAGGCGGGCACCCUGACGCUUACUGAGAUCGCGCCUGGCGUGGAGGUCGAGGAGGUCAAGGCAAAGACGGAUGCUAAGUUUGUUGUGGCUGAUGACCUCCAGGUUAUGGAGUAG